GGCAAAGGUGCAUUUGUUGAGCUUGGCGUAAAUCUUUUGCUCUGGACUUGGCGAAGAUGCUGAAGAUGGGACUCGAAGGUGGGGCUAUGAACGAGGAUAUCAUCGAGGUAGACAACGACACAUACUCCGAGGAGGUCGCGAAAGAUGUGAUUCAUUGUAGAUUGGAAUGUGGCGGGGGCGUUCGCGAUGAGGAAUCCGUAGUGCCCGAAUCGGGAACGGAAGGCGGUCUCGUGAGUAUCCUCCUCGCGGAUGCGGAUCUGGUGGAAGCCACUACGGAGGUCAAUCUUGGGAAAAUACUUGGCUCCACGGACUCGAUCGAGAAGCUCGAAGAUCCAAGGCAAGGACUCGGGGAAGACAUCCUUGAACUCGUCGAGGAUGGAGGUGAGGGCGGGGUCAAAGACGGGGGCCUGGUCGGGGUUGUCCGUUGGGAGCAAGUCCUCGGGAUGCUCACGAUCAAGGACAAGGCAAUAGUAGGUGGAGUUCGGGUUCGUGUGAGCCAUGUGAAGGAAUUGGUGCGGGGUGAUAAAGCUUGGGGAGGUGGGACAGGCGAGAUAGGGAAUGUCGAUGGUUGUGUCAGGGGGGUUGGUAGGGCGGAGGAAGUUGGGGUGGAACGCGUAUGCGGGGGCUGGGUUGAGGGCUUGGGUAGGAGGGGAGUGGGAGUGACAACGGUGGCAGAAGUGGUGGAUGAUGACGGGUGUGUGGGGGCUGUGCUGGUUGGGGGGGUAGAUGUAGAAGGUGUCGGUGUGGAGGUUGAAGUAAAGGACUGUUCGGAGGAGGUGGGUUGUGGAGUGGAGGACAAGGUGGUUUUUGGUUGGGGGGAGGAGGGUGCGGUCGUGGUGACGACAGUGAUGGCGGCGGAGUUUCACUCAAUUGCAGCUACGCGAUCGGAGACGGUCGACAUGGUGGUGUUCAUGUUGGCGAUGGACGAUUGGAUGGACGUCACCAUGCGGAGAAGCGUCGUGAGAUCGGUGGCGGCAUCAGCUGCCGAACAAGGAAUGCAACUGCAGUUGACCUCUGGGAAUCACCCAGAGGCGAAUGGACAGGCUGAGCAAAUGAACCGCGCUGUACAGCACCUGCUGAGGCAUUACAUUAAGCCUAAUCAGGUGGACUGGGAUGAGAAGCUUGCUCACAUUUCCAGUCUGCACAAUAGCGCAACUCACAGCACAACCAUGGUCAGUCCUAACAGCCUGCUACUAACGUUCAAACCUAGACUCCCUCUGGACUUCCUGCUACCGGAGAACCAGCCCACUGCUGCACCGGGCACUCUGGAAUUUGCUUAUCGGUAUGAGAAUCUCAUGCAGCAAGCAGUGGAUAACAUGCAUAAAGCACAGGCAGCAAUGAUAGAAUCUGAGAACAAGCACCGCCGCCCAUCUGCAUUUCAGGUAGGGGACAGAGUCUGGGUCAAAGCUUCUGAAUUGGGGCAGGAGCAUGGGAUCUCCCGCAAGCUCAUGCCACAGUAUUUCGGACCAUGGGAGGUUGUAGACAUUGUUGGAGACAAUCCCGAUGGGCCUUCUUAUGUAAUAGGGAUCCCUGGUCACCUUCGCACUUACCCUGUCUUCCAUGCCUCCAAACUUGCACCUUCCAAGGAAACUGAUCAGUUUCCCUCUCGUCGGUCUAUGCUGGCCCCAACCAUGGAUGGAGAGGUAGACAUCGACGACAUCGUUGACCACAGGGAAAUGCCGGUUCUAAGACCAACAGGCAGGUCCCGUCCUCCAAAGCCGAAGCUGCGGUAUCGCGUUCAGUUCAGACAUCACGCUGAUCCUAAGGAGGACAAAUGGUUUUCAAGGGAGGAACUGAUGCAGACUGCUCCACAGAAGUCCGGGGAAACAGACGAGGCCUAUCAAGCCCGGAUGCUGCUUCUGAUUACGGAAGCCAAGCAAUGGUCGGAUGCAGUAGCAGCCGCAACAAAGAAGAAGGCAGAGGACGUUGAGAAGGCACGUCUGUUGGCAAUCGAACAGCAGCGCCAGCAAGACGAGGCAGCAGCAAAAGCUGCCGAUGAAGAGCGAAUUCAACGACGCAAUGGUCGGAUGCGGAGAGCGAGCUUUGCUCACAAUGGCAGCGGACUGGCGGCCCGAGGCCGAGAAUGCCGCCUCCAACAGCUGGAGCAACGACCCGUCGCCGCCCCUGAUGCCAACUCCUCCAACACCUCCGAUCGCCUCAAUGCAUUGGAGAUCGACGUCGGCGCCCUCAAGGACGACACACAGCUACAGCAAACCGCCACGCAACAACAGGAGCAGCGGAUUUGUGCUGUGACCGCCAACCCGAGUUUGGCACUGGGCGAGACGAAUCCAAGGUUUGAUGAUCAGGAGAUCUUUUGCGAUUCGACGAAGAAGGACCUGAUUCCGUUGUUCCGCAAGUGCGAGCUCAAGUUGCAGCUGCACCAUGUCAGCGAGGAGAAGCAUCACGCUUACUUAUACUCCCGAUCGGAGGGCGCAUGCCAAGCAUGGUUGGACAAUCUCUUGUCCAAGUAUGGGGUGGUAGCUGCCGACUUGUACACCAAGAUCAACUGGGAUGAUCUAAAGGCGGCGUGGCAUAAGUUGUUCCAAGUAGAGCCGCUGGAGGUCAAGGCAAUGGACAAAUUGAUGACCUUCUAACAAGGCACACUGGAGAGUGUUGACUGGAUUGUCGAGUACCAACGCU